UUGGCUUAUUUAUCGUCCGUACUGGUAGGAGUAGCGGGCCUGCCGGACCAGGCGUGAUGGUGGGGGCCCACUACAUUCAAGUUCAAGCAAGUCCAACGCCCAGUCUCUGGCGGGAGAGCUGUCGCGAAGUCGAUCCCUCUGUCUCCAGUGUCUCCUCGCCGUCGUUCUUGGGCUUGCUUGUGCAUCUUUGGCGAUGACCAACGUCUCUGCUGCUCUCAUGGUGUGGUUUCACCGACUGGGCGACCACCUGACACCGACCGCUUGAGCGAGCAGCGAUUGAGCUGUCAUUGAAGACUGAGAAUUCCUUCUGAUACGGCUUCUCAAACGUAUACGGGUUCUCAAACGGAUUGUCACGAGGCUUCAAGAUGAAUAAGUUUCAGCUAGAGGACCAAGUUCGUGUGCUGGAGCAGCAGCUGCAGCGGCAAGUAUCACUCUAUCAAAAUGCCAGAGCUGAAUCUGAAGAGUUCCAAGACAUGGUCAAAGACUUCAGCCUUCAGAUAAUGGAAUUACAGAAAGAGGCUGAUUCGCUCAGGACUAUGCUCAAAGGGGAAGAGGUUCAGGAAAAACAUUUGCAGCAGAAGCUGAUCGAGGCUGAGCAACGACUGGCAGAGACUGCCACUCUUCUGGAAAAUGAAUCGAAGAUGAGGCUUCAGCUUGAAGGAAUGAGAACAUCGUUGGAGAUGGAAGUUGCUUCUUUGCACUCUCAGGUAGAGAAUGUCAAGGCUGAAGAGAAAGCACAGGUGGAAGAAAUGCGGAAUCAGAUGGAGGAGUUGUUUCACCAGAUUGAGGAGCAGGGAAAAGCCAUGGAAAACGAAAGACAUCAAAGCGACCUGCGUAUCAGAGACCUGGAAGAAGCAUAUAAUCAGUCCAAACAGGAGGCUUUGGAGGCUGCCAGGGCCCUGGCAAUUGAGAAGGAGAAGAGUAAGGGAAUACAGAAUCGUCUGGAGUCAGUACAGGAGGAACUGAGGGACACUGUCAUGGCGUUUUCAAAAGAGAAAGAGAACAUGGAGGAAAAGAUACGCAGCUUGACAGCGCAGCUUCAGAGUGCAUCCUCUGCUGGUGCUGAAGGAGAAGCUGCAAUUCAAGAGAUGAUGAUGCAGCUAAGAGAUGCAAAGGUUAGCGAAGAAGAGGCUAAGUCCAUCCUAAAGAAAACUGAGGCUGAUCUGGAAAAGGACAAGAUGGAAAGGGAACAGUUGACUGCGAAGAUGACAAUGCAGGUGAGGAGCGCAAAGGCUGCUGAAGAAGAGGCGAAGGCCAUCCUUAAGAAAACACAGGCUGAUCUGGAAAAGGAGAAGGUUGAAAGGGCACAGUUGGCUGAGAAGAUCAAGAACAUGGAGGAGCUGAUGAAGGUGGCAGAAAAAACGGAGAAAAAAGCUGUUCAGGGUGUGGCAUCCAGAUCUGAGGGUAAGGUAGAAGAUGGAGCAAGUGAUGAAUACGAGUCUAGACUUUCGGAUUUAAGGAUGCAAUUGGAACUAACGACAGCAAGAGUGGACGAGAAAAUGCUGAUGCUUGAAAAAGAGAGGGAACUGGCAAAGAAAAAGGAGACUGAGUUCCAAUUGAAGGAGAAAGAGUUCAAGGAGAAGCUAACGGAGUCAGAGAAACGUGUUGCAGAGUUGAAGUCGCUGAUGGAAACUGGGAAGGAGGAAGGAGAAAACCGAGUCAAGAAGCUGGCGGAGAAGCUGACUUUGGCUAAGAAGAAAACCACUGAGACUGUUGGCCUCCUUGGUCAAAGGUCUCGGGAGGGUAGGGCCACUGAUGAAUUGAGUGCAAAAUUGGAGGCAUCGCAGAACAGGGUUCGUGAACUUCAGAGACAGCUUGCUGUGGAGACAAGUGCACUGGAGGCCAAGUAUGAAGAAGCCCGGGUGAAGCUGCGGGAAGCAGAGGAGAGGGUUGAGAAAGAGAGAGAGCAAUACCAGGCUCAGAUGGCAGAAAUGAAAGAGAAGUAUGAGAUACAAUUGAAUGACAUGAAGGCAGAGAGGAGGGCAGCGAAGAUGCCAGCAUUACUUGCACGUGACAGGCCCUUGAUGGAGGACCAGGCAGGGGAGGUGAAGGUUUUCCCUUUGCCAAAGAAGAUACCUGAUUUGAGGAGGAGUGUUGAUACACUGGGUGGUGGUAGUGGUGAGAGGGAGGUCACAAGGCGAGGGUUAAGGGGGGAGGAUUUCACAUUCGGUGUGGAUGGACUUCUGAGCUGUUCUGAUGACCGGUUGCAGCUGAAGUUGGAGGAAGCAAGACGGAGAGCUGAAUCUACGGAGUCUCCCACAAGGGCUACUACAUUAGGUUCAACCCCUGUUGACAAGGGCAGCAAUACGAAGAUAAAGGAACUAAAGCAAACGAAGGAGACAGAUGACAACGAGAAAAGAACUGUUACUGAACAUCAGGCGUUAGUUGAGGAGCUUAAGGACAAGCUCGGUGCAGCAGAAGAGAGUUUGGCAAAAAUGCAGGAAGAAAAGUCAAAGAUGGGGAAAGAAAUAUCUGAGCUGACGGAAAAGGUUGAAGAGGCUGAGGCGAAGGUGGCUAAGAUGACAUCCAGACUUGAACUUGCUGAGAGCUGGAUGGUGAAGGAUGCACAAGGCAAUCUUCUCGUCCCAAGAGAUGUGGAAAGAAAGCUUGUCAUGGAGCUCAAAGCACGACUCAUGGAAGCAGAAAAGCGAGCAGAAGAAGUGGCACGUUCACUUUCGAAUACCAAGGCGUCCAAUGUGAGGAAGAUGGAGGAAAUGAAGGUAAUGCUGGAGGCAGCAGAGAGGCAGGCAAGUGAGAGCAUGGAUGCCAAUGAAGCAAGCACCAAGUUGAUUGCAGAACUCCAGUCGAAGCUCCAUUUAGUGGAGACGCAGCUGAAGGAGAUGACUCUUGCAAAGGAUGCCUCGCUGAGACAAGUGGAAGAAAUGAAGCAAAAGCUAACAGAGAGGGUGAAGCAGCUUGAACAGGUCAAGCAAAAAUUGGAGGAGGUGGAGAUACUACGCACGAAGGAGGCAAAGGACUAUAGAGGGAAGCUGGAUGCCCUAGAGAGGAAAGGUGUAACAAGAGCACAAGUACCUGGAAAAUUACAGGAGUUUCCAAGGAGAUCGAACCUGAAUAUGGAUAAUGAGCGGGGCGAGAAAAAGGAUGUAAAUUGUAGCAGUGGGGGCAAAGGACUGAAAGUCCCAAGCAGUGCUGAGAAUGGUGAUGAAGGGAUCAAGGAUGUAGCCAUGGUGCCAUCGGGAGCUGGCAUGGAAGGGUCGUUCAGAGAUCCUGAUUGGGAAAUCCAAGACUUGAGAGUCCGGUUGCAGGAGGUUGAGAGGCUUUCUGAGGUGCGAGUGGCGGGAUUGGUGGCCGAAAGGGAUGCAUCACUGUCACAGGUGUCUGAGUUGACAGCACGCAUCAGGGACAUGAUGCGAGCUCUGGACACACUGGGAAUAACUGCAGAACAGAUCAUGCAGGUGGGAGGUGAAAAACCGCUCUUCGACCGUUCAGAUUCUAUGGAAAGCCGCACUCGGAGGCGAACUGCAGUCCGUGACAGCAGGAGGAAGAGGUCACACACCCACAGCCGCACUUUCCAACCCCCCAACCAACCUGCACGGAGAGUAGCUGCUAUAGCCUUGUCUGCGGCAGUUGCUGCAUUUGCAUUCGGAUCGAAAGUGAUCUCACGCCGCUGAACAUAUAUGCUUAAGUGAAGCAUUGAGAGUGGCUGACGAUCAGGUGAACGAGGGCUUCAGAAAUGGGUCUCUAUACCUACAGGCUUUCGGCUGCAGUUGCUGGCCCUCCUGUGCCCAAUUAGUUGACAAGACCUGUGCCCACCUACUUGACAAGACUGGGUGUACUUCUAUAAGAAAGCCUCUGCGGAGUGGUCCUCGGGAAGGUUCGAUGGAUUAGAUGCAGCCUCUGGGGAGUGCAAGUCAUGGGACAUGUAUGGUCUUCAUUAUGCCUUUGGCCAUCGUGUGGACCCUGGACUCUCGCCAUCUUUCAUUGAUGGCUCUAUACCCUCAAGAGUUUGCUCUUGUUGCCUUCCCUAGCCUGCUGUUCAAGUUUGUAAGGUUUUGUGCACUCCCAGAGCAAGCCUGUGAGGAACGGUCCUCGAAAAUGGUUAUUGGACUAGAGGACAGGUUGUUCCAGUAUAACAGGAUCAAGGACAGGUUACUGCAUGUCACUCGCCAAGAUCACAAGUUGCUAUAGGUUUAGUCAACUGGUUCGGUCCGGUUGGAUGGCCGGAAAGGUUCGUAUCGCCUCAGCCUACUUCUGGUCACCCAUGAGAGAGGUCCUUUGAUGCAAAUCCAUGAAGUUUGUGCAGGCCAAACAACUUCACAAUGCGUGGAGCUUGGGCUGGGCUGUCUAGGUCAGCUUCUGCACUCAAGUGAUUUUCAAGAGAGUAACAAUGCCAUCACAUAGAGGCUUGAACCGGGCGGCUCCCAUGGUGGUUCUAUCAUUAACGGAACUGCUUACAAGGCGCCUGAGUCUCGAAUGGUGCGCUGACACUCGAUGCUCAAACGUGCUUGCGUGGUCCGAAUUGAGUGCUUUCAUGGCCUCUUCGCUUUAUGGCAUUUGAUGACUGUGCCCACCUCGGGCACUUUCCUCCAUGUAAUUUAUUCACCCGUUCCAUUCCUUCCCUCCCCCUCCCUGUCGCCAAGAUGACAGGUGCUCUUCUCGUUCUUCGCCUCCGUUCUCGUUGCCCCGGCACGAUGGUACUGCAUUUUACUGAUUUUUUUUUUGACGGGGGUGUGGCCCGCUGUGUGAUUGCCCGUCCGUCUCUCUUGAUCCCUUCAUCUGUCUUGAUUUCUUCAGGAAAGUAUCCCAAGUCUCAGGGACCAAAUGCACUGGUCUAAUGCGCUGCCAAUAAGCGAAAGCUGGCAUGUUUGGAGGUUCAGGUUGCAGUGAUGCACUGGUGGUCACGGUGAACAUGUUGGCCUGUCUGGAGGUGAUUUGUCACGGUUCUGCCUCAGUGAUGGCAGUAAAUUUGAGGUCGGUCUUCUGCUGGGAAUGUGUGGUGGUUGCUCUCCAUGCCUGCACAAUAGGGAAGGGUAUGGUCUGUGUUCCACAUUACCGGCGCCUGGGCCGCAUAUGGAUUUUGAUGAAGUGCCUACAGUCGCGCUCGAUCUGCAGGAUGUCAUCGUAUAUUGUUGGAUCAUCGCUGUCCAACAAGUUUGUGAAGUUGUUUUGCCGCUUGCGUGGGUAUUUUGCUUUCCUUGUGUCCACUGAUGUCUGAUGAAUUCCUGUUGUGAGAAGCACAGACACACACAAACAGGGGGAGGGGUAUCUGUAUGUGUGAAAGACAGAGAGGGAAGGAGGGAGGCAAGGAGGGAGGCAAGGAGGGAGGCAAGGAGGGAGGGAGUCAGUGCAGCUAAUCAUUGUUGUAGCUCGCGUACUCACAAGAUGGCAAGGGACUAAGUGGCAGGUAGAUCCAGUGCAGCAGUGAAUGUUGGUAGUGGUUUAGACUUCAGAGACUGUUGGGUUUUCUGUUCAGUUGUCAAUGACUGUUCUCAGCCAAAGCUGUAUUGUCUUCAGUGGCGCUUGGGAUUCAUUUUCAGCGGCGUUGCAGUUUUGCAAAUGACAAUUGGUCCUGCAUUGUCUGAACACCGGCGGAUUUGGCAGCAGAUUGCUUGCUCAGAUCCUUUUUUUUCCCAAUCAGGAUUCCUUGCGCAGGGACUGGGAAGGAGAGGGCUCGGACCUGCAAUAAACAGUUGUGUUCUUCUGUUGAUGAAGCCAGACACUCCCGUUUCAGUUUUGUGAAUGAUAAUCCGUCCAGCACAUUGUCCGUACAAGCUCGAGAAAAGUGAAGUUGGUGGCAAAUUGUUUGCUGAACUUUGCUCAGAUAUUUUUUGCCUCGUCGGAACUUCUGGACGUUGGAAAGGAGGAGGCUUGACCCUGCGACAAAUUGCCCGCGCACAUGAACAUGUUCUUCUGUCGGUGAAGCCCGCUACUCCCCUGGCAAGUCAUCAUUUGAGAAUUGAGAAUCAGUGGAUAGUUCUGCAAAUCCUGCAGCAGCAGAUUUUUUUUGAUGAGAUCGUGGUUAGGCAAGAUCUACUUUGAAACUUUGAUUAAGAAACGACUCAAUGCACUUAUGUAAGUGCAUACACUUGUGUGCACGGCGGCCGCUCACCGCUACAGCAGUUUGCAAUCGAUUACUGAAUAACUAUCUGGAUUGUGCUCUUGCUGUCGCAGUGUUCUUGAUGUGAAACAGUUUGUUCCUCACGUCGAGCAGUACAUGGCACAAGUCAGGAAUCGAGAGAGAUGCAAGGUUCGUACAAGUCUGUGCAAGCUUUGACGCUUGCAUCAGAAUGCAAAGGUGCGUUGAUUCGGAAAAAAAAAACACUGCCAAAUAAGGUAGCAAGUUUUUUUUUUUUUUUUUUUUUUUAAUGUCUCGUUUCCUCCUCCUGGUGAACUGGUGAUCCUGAGGAGUCAGGCUACCUCACGGCAAUAUCGUGAGAAAAUAGAUAGUGUGAACGAGUUGGACGAAACUCCGAAAAGCUUGGUUGCAUCACGCACAGCAAGUGAGCUUUUGUGCGUAAGAUAGUGCAAACAAGGUGGGAGUGUAGUAUAAAUGAACGUCAAGAUGCUCU